AUGGGUAUAAUGAAGCCACAGAACGCUGUGGUCUUGGCCGGGGCAGCUGCUAUAGUUGCCACUGGAUCUGCUGCCGCCGGGACGAUAUCGUGUGCGGAUGUGUAUCCCCAAUCAGCCGCGUUUUUUGGUUCGAUGGGAUGUGCCUCUGCGCUGAUUUUUGCGAACCUGGGGUCGGCUUAUGGCACGGCAAAGUCUGGUGUUGGCGUGGCCCAUCUUGGUAUCCUUCAUUCUGAGCGGAUCAUGCGCGGUAUUGUGCCUGUUGUUAUGGCAGGUAUUCUUGGCAUAUAUGGUCUUAUUGUUUCUGUGAUAAUUAACAACAAUAUCAAGACGGAGACACAGUCAUACUCUGCGUUCUCUGGUUAUCUUCACUUUGGUGCUGGGCUGGCUGCGGGUUUGUCUUCACUAGCUGCGGGCCUAUCCAUUGGGAUCGCUGGUGAUGCGGCAGUUCGUGCGUACGGCAAACAGGAAAAGAUAUUUGUGGCCAUGAUUCUCAUGCUGAUUUUUGCCGAGGCGUUGGGUUUGUACGGACUCAUUAUUGCGCUUCUCAUGAACAAUACGGCCAACAAGGUGAAUUACGGCCAAUGCCAAUAG